AUGACAUCGUUCGUGACUGAGGCCAAUAGAUUGCUCAAGUUUAUGACCGGCGAUGAAGAUCUCGAUUCCCGCCUAAUUUUGUCGACCAUAAUCGAACUACACUCCUCGAACCAUACAUCAGCCUAUCCGGCAUGCUUAGCUUGGGCCUAUUUGAGAAGAUCUCAUCCUGGUUUUUCAUCACCUCACGUGCGGUUAUUGCAGACGAGACCAAAAGCACACGAGCGCGCCCAAAACGAAGCAACAACAGAUCGUGACUGUUAUAACGUCUCGACAGAGAAUGUAAUGAGCGGUGAGGAGAAUUGCCGAGCUGAUGGAGAUUUCCGAUUACCGGAAGCCCUUUUGGAGAUGGCGGCAAGUUUUCCGCUUGCCGGAAGGCGAUCGAGCGCCAUUUUUGAAGUAGGGUUAUGA